AGCAGAUAAGAUAAAUGUCAUGGCAUGAGCUUAUGUUACAAGUCCUCUAUUUGCUUCUACUCUGUAUAAGGUACACUCGCCAACAAGAUGUGCCUCCUAACGCCAUGCCCUAUCCACAGUUCUUCCUUCAACCUCAGAAACAAUCAGUUAAAAGAGAGAUGACGACUACUAUAGACUGUGGCGCGUAUGGGGGAAUAGGAAAUCUAACCUACACAUUCUUCAAGGGAGAUUCCCCUCAGUAUAAUAUGAUGAGUAGAUUAAAAUCAGUAGAAGCAGACCCUGACACCCAGAUCUCAUCCUACUUCAUCCCCAAAGUAAGCAGUGAAGAUGCAGCCUAUUACCAGUGUGUUGUUAGUGAUGAUGCUGGGGUUAUCAUAUACAGCAAUGUUAUCUACCUUCAAGUCGUGGACAAUUAUCUAACGCGAGGUUUUCCGGUAUUAGAGGACAGGCUGCUUCUCUCCACCGCGCGCCUGCACGUGCUGAGAUGUAAGAUGCCCGCGUCUAACCCCCCUGCUUUACCAAGGUGGUUCAAGGACAAUGUCCCUAUUAAUCAGGACGACGAGAACAUGUUUGUUUCUCACGGAACGGGAGUCAUAGAGGGAGAGAACAUCAACAUUGGUGACCUUGUAAUGUUUGCCCUGAACUUCGAGCACGAUGGGAUGUACACGUGUGCAGCGUACAACUACCAACUUGAUGACGGUUCUAAUCAGAUAGACGUUGCUUAUUAUAACGUUACCAUCGGAACAAGUUAG